UGCACAAGGAAGUUAAGACUAGCAUUAAAGACGGACAUGUAAACUAUCUUAUAAAUAUUGAAGUGGCUUUAAAAGCCACCAGCCAUUAACAGCUCAUGUUUAAGCUGUCGGGUGUAAAAUGCUAGAUUUCACAAGUAUCAUAAUUCAUUAGAAAAAAUUAACAUAGCGGCUUUUGCUAAAAUAUUGAUAUAAGAAAAUGAUAAGUGGUCAUAAUUCAUUGGAAUAUUUAAUGAAAAUAGAAAUGCGCAUUUGGCUUUAGUACCACGAGAUAAACAACAUCGGAGUAUACGGAAAAUAUUAGUUGUUUAGUUUGUUCAGUGGGUUAGGCCAUGGAAAGAAAUCAGCCGAAGGUGUGGAGUACCUCAAAGUCUCCAAAUCAUACUUGUUCGGAAAAUGCUCAAUAUAACCGAGGCACCAGCCAUACAAGACAAUUCACCUGGACGUCAGCCUUUGCAAGGAGAAAUGGAAAAUACAAGGUUCAAAUGUUUGAUGAACAAAGUGCCGAGAAAGUUCGAUAUUGCCAUAAGAAGUGCUGCCUGAUCUUUUGCAUGUUGAGUACAAUUGUCUCAAUAACGUUAAUCCUGCUUCUGUGUCUCGUCUGGUUGGCGGAUACUCGUAAUGACGUCAUACCAGUUGAUGACGUGCAACGUCUUACAGCGCUACGUCUUCAAGUUGAAAAUCGCGUUACACAGUGGAAUGCUGACAUGUACCAGAACGAGGAUGACUCCGGCGGCCAGACAACCGACGUACUGACGUCCAUAGCCCACCGUGCGUACGUCAUGCAGGAAAUAGUGAGAGAGAUCGUUGCUAUGAAGAACUCGUCAUUCAGCGACAUUACAGGAAACCAGGAAGCCAACACGCUCUUCAGAUCGGUAGCAGGUGACCUCUGUGACCCGGAUGUGACGUGUUCCAAUGACAUUAUUACGUCACCGUACCGUACGAUUGACGGCUCGUGCAACAAUCUGGACCAUACUGACUGGGGAAUGGCGUGGACGCCACAACGUCGAGAAAUACCACCGGAUUACCACAAUGUGAUCGGCGCUCCUCGCCAGUACAGCAAGUCCACUGUCCACCGGGAUCUACCGAGUCCCCGGCUGGUCAGCAACACGGUUCACCGGGCACGGACGGACAGACGGACGGACAACACAUCCACCAUCAUGGUCAUGGCCUUCGGACAGUUCUUGUCCCAUGACCUCUCAAUCACACCGGAAAUGAAAGGACCGAAAUCUAGGCCGUUCAAGUGUUGCAGGAACGGUCACCGAGCCGCGCUUUCGGGGCCAUUCGAUUCCUGCUUGCCUAUCACUAUACCGGAAUCUGACAUGUACUUCCGGUCUGGUGACUGUAUGGAGUUUGUGAGGUCCGCAGCCGCCGUGUGUCCUAACUGCCGCAUAUGUGGGCGUGAACAAUUGAAUGGAAUGACGUCAUACAUAGACGCCAGUCAGGUUUAUGCAGAGACAACUCAAGGUUGUCGAAAGCUCAGGAAUUCCACUGGAGGCCGCCUGAGUGUGAGCGGAAAUAAAGACCUACUUCCGUACGCCGCAAAUGAUACUUGUCGCCUCUCUGUGUACGGCCAGCAUUGCUUCGCCGCAGGAGACAGUCGUGUAAAUGUUGUUCCGAACCUCUCUUCCCACCACAUCAUGUUCGUCCGUCUGCACAACCAGCUAGCGGACCGCCUCGCAGGUAUCAAUCCAGCCUGGGACGACGAGCGUCUCUUUCAGGAAAGCCGGAAGCUAGUAAUCGGGAUCAUUCAGCAGUUUGCAUACGCCGAGUAUCUGCCGGCCGUCCUCGGGAACGACAUUAUGGAGCGGUACCGUCUGAACGUACAAGCAGACGGCGGACACGCGCGUGUUUACGACGCCUCAAUAGACGCGACCGUGUUCAACGCGUUCAACGCCGCUGCCUUCCGAUUCGGACAUACAACAGUACCCGACUUACAGGAAUCUCUUAAAAAGUCGUACGCGUCGGAGUACAAGACGUCGAUCGAGACGACGUAUAACGACCCAAACAUGACGUACCACCAUUGUGACGGCGUCGUCAGGUGGAUCACACACAGCCCAGCUCUACCGACCGACGGGAAUUUUGGUGUCGGUAUCCGUGACAAGCUGUUUCCGGACGCCCACAACGUGUCUACGGAUUUAGCGGCGCGAAACAUCCAGAGGGGUCGUGACCACGGCCUGCCGCCCUACAACCGAUGGCGCCGUCACUGCGGCCUAUCGGAGAUUACCCUUGGGGAGUUCCAAGCUGCCGGGGCAGUCAUGGGAGACUUCGACGUGGACACUGCCGAUAGCAUUCGAAGUGUAUAUGAGCAUCCGGAUGACAUCGACUUGUUUACGGGAGCCAUCAAGGAGCGCCACCUAGCGAAGGCUCAGGUUGGACCCUUAUUCGCCUGCUUGCUGGGGACGCAAUUCAAGCGGCUGAAGUAUGGGGACAGGUUUUACUUUGAGAACCCAUCGCCGGCGGGAGGGCCAGAUACAGGAUUUAGCCUAGAACAAUUGAAGUCCAUACGAAAGCUUCGACUGUCCAAGGUUCUCUGCCAGACGAUGAACACACCAAGAAUUCAGCCCGAUGUGUUUAAACCACCAAGUGAAUGGAAUCCACUGGUGGCUUGUGAAUCUCUGCCGGACAUUGACCUUGAACCCUGGCUGAGCCUAUAGACCCGGAUUGCGUCAACCGGACGUUGACCUCGGAACCUGGCUGAGCUCUCAGGCCCUGACCACACCCACUAACUUUGAUUGGAUGGAUGCGUCUUGUCUGCAAAAACAAUACAUGUCAUUCUUUAUGUGCAAUACUUAUAUAAUAUAAUAUUCGUGUUAUUGUUAACUCUCGGGAAAUGCUCAAUGUUGUAUGUAAUAUUUCAUCUUUCGUUUGAAAGUGAUAUGCUCUGUAUAUGUGAUGAAAAGAAAGCACCGCGUCAAAGAUAUGAAGAAGAACAACACCAGCAGCACCAUCAGCUUCAUCUUAGCAGUGACAUCAUCAGCAUUUGCAAGACAUUCGUGUCGUCAAACCUUUAUAUAAAACAGCAAUACCAUCAUCAUUUCAAAAGAGUGUAUCUUUGUAAACCUUCCCUAAACAGAAACAACAAUAAAGAUAAUAAAAAACAAACACAUACCAACAGCAACUAAAACCAACCACAAACACAGAAACAAUGUUUGUCGCCGGCAUCUCAUUUCAAACUAUGUUUUUUUAUUCAAGUUUAAAUUUCUGUGUCUACCUACGUUUUGUUGCUUAUUUCAGCAUUUUCUAGAAUCUUAUAUUAUUAUCACUAUUGCCUUUUUAUGUGUAUUCAAAGUUUAGAAGUUGUAUUUAUUUCAUUAAAUAUUUAUUAAUUUUUUAUGUUUACGAAUAAAUAAACUAACUAAGA